AUGACCGCUCCCAAGCGCCCGCGAGAGGCAUCCUCGACCGAUGGCGCCUCGCCUGAAGACGCCAGCAGCAAGAUCGAGUCGCCGACAGCCAGCGCGAGCGGCAGCCAGCAAGCGUCGUCCUUCCGAAACGUCUCGGCGUGCAACCGCUGCCGCCUGCGCAAGAACCGCUGCGACCAACGCCUGCCCGCCUGCGCCAGCUGCGAGAAGGCCCACGUCAAGUGCGUCGGCUACGACCCCAUCACCAAGAGGGAGAUACCGCGAAGUUAUGUGUAUUACCUCGAGAGCAGGGUCGCGUACCUGCAAUCGCUGCUGCGCGACAAUCAAAUCCCCUUUGCCCCGCCCGAACACUUUGCUCUGAGCUACAAGCCGCCCAAUGGCGAGGCCACCUUCCCCCUCGACAAGCAAGCACGCGCCGCCCAGCAGGAAGGCCAGCUCAGCGCGCAGCAUGACUCCACGGCCGACGACGGCGCAGAUACGAAGCAGCAGGAGCAGUACGACCGCGACAAGAUCAACAAGAUGGUCUCAAAUAUUGGCAUGGUCUCGGUGCAGGGCGCGUCCGACCCGCGCUUCCUUGGCUCGACGUCAGGCAUCUCCUUUGCCCGCGUCGUCUUUGCCGCCGUCAAGAGCUCCGUGUCUGGCGCUUCGUCAGAGAAGGGCAGCGUGCGUGCCAGCAAGCCCCUGCCCGGCCAGGCCGCCGCCAAUGGCACCUCCAUGAGGGAUUCCUUCUUCGGUCUCCACACCAAGCCCACCAUCCGCCAAGCUCCCUUCCCCGAGCGUGACCUGGCGCUGAGGCUGGUUGAGCUGUACUUUGAGCAUGCUAAUCCGCAGAUCCCAAUCCUCCACCGCGGCGAGUUCAUGGCCAUGUUCGAGCGUGCCUUGGCCACCGAUCCGAAGGAUCGGACGAGCCGCGAGCUGUACAUGCUGAACAUCGUCUUCGCCAUCGGUGCUGGCAUCAUCAUGGGCAGCUCCGACGCCACGUCCGAGUCGCCUGAUCCGGACGCGACCAGCGCAUCACAGAGACCCUCGCAAACCCCACCUCCGGGCAAGCGACGCAGGCUCGCGAGUGUGCAACACCAGCCCGAGGAAUACCACGCCUCCGCUAUUGUCCACCUCGAAAGCUUUCUGUCGUCAUCUCCCUCUGUCGAUCGCCCCGACGGCUUCGGCGGCGGUCUGGAGGAGCUGCAGGCAGUAUUGCUCCUUGCCGGGUUUGCUCUGCUGAGACCCGUUGCACCAGGUUUGUGGUACAUCACAGGUGUAGCCGUGAGAUUGGGCGUCGAUCUCGGUCUCCACUACGAAGACGGCGCGGGCAUUGACGGCGGCCCCAGCGCUGACGACACAAGCUUGCUGAAUCCUGGACAUGCGCCUGAUGACGCACCUGGAGCAAACAAUGCCGUGAGACUCGACCCGAAAGAGCGAGGAAGGCGCCAGUGGGUUCGUGACCUUCGCCGGCGCCUAUGGUGGUGCGUGUAUUCGUUCGAUCGCCUCGUGAGCACCUGCGUGGGCAGGCCGUUUGGCAUCACUGACCAGGUCAUCACCACCGAGUUCCCCUCCCCCCUUGACGACAGAUACAUCACCCGGGAGGGCUUCCUACAGCCCCCCGGCGGCAGCGAGAAGCCGACGUACAAGUGUGUGUCAUAUCAUUAUUUCCGGUUGCGCCUCCUCCAAUCGGAAAUUCUCCAAGUGCUGCAGCACCGCCAGACACAGCAGGCGCGCGCUAUCGGUGCGAAUCAGGGCAACGAUUUCAUGCACACAAACCUGCCUUCCCCCUUCCUCUCCAAGUUUGACUCCUUCCUGUCGUGGCGCCGGGACAUCGACCGCCGACUCUGGGAGUGGAAGGAGUCCUCGCCCACCCAGAUGGACACGGGCGUCCAGUUCUCACCGCUCUUCUUGGAGCUGAAUUACUGGCAAGCUGUCAUCAUGCUGUAUAGGCAGAGCCUGAGUGUGCCGCCCGUCCUGGCAGAUGAGCUGAAAUCUACUGAAGAUGAUGUGUCAAGCCCGUCAAUGGUGAACCUGGAGGAGCGCGAAGACGAAGAACAUGUCUUCCUGAAGGUAGCAGAGGCUGGGCAAAAGGUGCUGAAGCUAUACCGCCAGCUACAUAGGGUGCACUUGGUGAAUUACACCUUCCUGGCGACCCAUCACUUGUUCAUGGCAGGCAUUUCAUUUCUGUACGCAAUUUGGCAUUCGCCGGUCGUCCGAAGUCACUUGUCUCUUGACGAUGUCGACUUUACGGUGCUUGCGGCAACAUCCGUUCUAGGCGAUCUCAUUGAGAAAUGCCCUCCAGCCGAAGCGUGUCGGGAUGCUUUUGACCGCAUGAGCAAAGCCACUAUUCAAAUGUGCAUGUCGACAACCGGCUUCGGGCCUCAAGCGCUUGCUCAGAACCGUGCGAAGCAGCAGCAGACUUACCACUCAUCACCGAACUUUUCCGCUGCUGAGCAACAGCCCACAGCUUCGCCGACCACAGAGCAUCCUCGUGGCGUCAACCGGCCGGGCUAUUUCCCUAGCUCGAAUGCCAACUCGAAUUACAACUCGCGGAAACAACACCCGCGCUUCGACAUGAACCUACGAGAUCUCUUCAGCGACGACGAAAGUGAGUCGCGCCUCAGGCGGCCCAGCCUUGGGUUGGUCGGUAUGCGGCCCUCGAACUCCAUGCAGAACCAAGUCAAGCAGGAGACGCCGCGGCCGGCAACAUCAUCAGCCACUUUCGUCUCGCCGGAGAUGCGGCAGUUUAGUUCAGCGCAAGUAGAUUCGCAGCUGCAGACGUCAGCAGCGACCUCACCAGUACAGAUGCAACAGCGUCCGGCUCAUCAGCGCCACCACUCGCAUCAGCAGCAAAUGCGCCAGCAGCAGCCGCAGAUCUCUCCAUACACCCAGCAGCAGACGUCUCCCUACACCCCCACUUAUGGCCCGAACGUAGCCAUGGCGCAGCAACAGACGGCACCCGGGUAUCCUGACAUCGGCCAGUCAACUUUCCCCGAUCUUGACUUCCUUGACGCGUUCCCAGCUGGUAGCGCCAGCGCCGAAGCUGGCGGCGGUGGAAACAUGGACCUGGGGUUUGGAAUGCAACUGGACGACAUCUCCGGGGCGAAUAAUCAUGACUGGAGUGAUGGCAACGCCUUUGACCUAUUCGACGGGUUCUUCUUCGGACAGGGACCCGGUGCACCAGGAAGUUUGUAA